UUCUCACAGAUGCAUGGCAUAGAUCUGUAGGACAUAAGCGUUAUACAUUGGAAAAAUUCGUAAAAUUAUCUCUCCAACAUCACAAUAGCUACGAUGGAUCGGUGUAGAUUGAUUUUGGUAUCACUUUUCCUGACUUUGGCCUUCUUCAUCACAACACCGAUGGGCCAAAAUAUCCCAUCAAAUCCAAGUACCGUCGAACAUAUUCUCUUGCAAAACCAAUGCUUUUGUCCGUGUAAACCGAUGGAACGUAAGGAAUACUACAUUCCAAUCAGAAGGACUAAUGAUUGGUUCGGGGCCGUGUCGUUUUGCCGCGAGAUCGGAAUGGAAAUAGCAGAGGUGUUGAAUGAAGCCGACGCGGAAGCACUUGCCGGAGUCCUUGCCGAGGAAGAUUCUUACGAAAACGACGAGUUCUUCUGGAUCGGAGCGAACGAUCUCGGUACGCAAGGAAUCCUCCGAUGGGCCCUUACCGGACGGCUUGUGACGUACGCCAGCUGGGCUGAGGGUGAACCGAAUAAUGCUCAGGGUGAAUCCGAAAGUGAGCCUGCUGAACACUGUGCCGCUAUCGGGAAGGAUUCGCUUAAAUGGAAUGAUUUUCGCUGCACGCACAAGAAGAAAUUUAUUUGCCAAAAGUUUCAGGAUGACUAAAAAGCUUUUGUUUCGCGUAUGGGUGAUAUGUGUGUUGUAUUCUCAAGAGUAAUUAUAACUAAAGCGAUGAUCCGUAUUUUGGUAUUUAUUACACUCAUUUAAUGAAUCAACUAAUAUUCGCAAAUAAAUUGCCUCUGCUCACGGU